AUGCCCUGGUGUAACACACAGCUGUCUGAAUUCACAUCGUUGUCUUUUGACUUAGUGCUGCCUUUGUCUUAUCAUCUUGGCUGUGCCUCAUUGUGUCUACAGGUUCGGCCAGUGCUUGCAAAAGUGAAGGACACACUGUUAGUGUGUGCUGGGUGCUUGCUGCUGUCAACAGGUGCCCUCGUGGCAGGGCUGCAAGGCGCUCAAGACGUGACAAGAGAGGGCCCGGUCGUGCGCACCCCGAAGCAAGUCACCCUCAACGGCAUCAUCUACAGCGACAGGGUACGCGACCUGUACGAACUGUCGCUGGACAGCGAGGCGGCGCAGGCAGAAGCAGACGCUCAAGGCGGUGUGCCGGGCUACUGUGGCGACAGAUACUUCAGGGCAUCGGCAGGCGGGCACUUCUGUGAAAAAUUUGAUCAGUGA